CUCUUCGUGUUCUGAUGUCUUCAUGUGGCAAUAGAAAAUAAACUAAAUCAGUAAAGCAGUCCUGUCAAGUUGUAAAUUGGUUGUUUCUGUUCGGGCUUUGUUGGAAAUGGCUUUCAUGGCUCAGAAUAGACCCCUUCAUGGAAUCUUUUGUUUUUAUGUCCUGGGAAACUGAGUGACCCAGAACCGACCAGUUGCCCCUCCAGGAGCAGGAAUGCUAACCUCCCUAAAUGUGCAUAACCCCAGGGCAACGUUAAUGACGGUUGCUCCAAGGCCCAUACAACAUAUCAUGUCAGCGUGACGUAACUGUGUCCUACAUCAAGAGCAGAUGUAACCCUAACCUGGAUUGAAGAAAUAACGUGAAGAUCAAGAAGUUUGGAAAAAGAAGGAAAAGACCGAGGCCAUCCAGAGUGAAACAGAAUCAAGACCAGAAAAUAAAAAGAAUGAAAGAAGCGGUGGAAGAAAGAUGACUAGUAUCUCUGAAGUACAGAAGAGGGUGAGACUGAAAGGAAGCAUGGCCAAAGGGCAGGCACUGUCCUGUUGGAUAAAGCGCGUGAGUGUGUGAAAGAGGUGGCGAGAUGGGGGAAGGGGACAGCUGCCCACUAUCAAACAGCCUAUCCUCUGCGAUAUUUUAAACCUGCAUCUGGCUCUGAACUGGAUGGAGUCUCCCGGGUGGGUGGGGUGCCAGACAGGGAGGGAUGGUGUCAUUGAAGAGGCACAGACAGGUUUCAGUUCCCAAAGUCCUCAGCAGAGUAAGUCUGAGUGGACAUACUGCUCUGUCUUGUUACCAUCCCACAGUUCUCUACUUCUCUAAGUCUGACUGCUCCCAUGGAGGCCCCCCUGCAGGCCCAGUACGGAGCCCCUUUAGAGCCUCUGGCUUUCGGUUUAGGCCACCCCACCAACCCCCUCAGCCACAUGGAGUCCUGCCCGAGUCCGAACACACAGCAUCUGCCUGAGUAUGAACGCACAGAUUACCUUCAUGGAUCCCACUUCUCUCCUAAUGGGACCUCCACUACUGACAGUGCUGGCUCAUCAACAACCAUUAAUUCAUCAACAUUUGUAGCUGAAGAAGAGGAAUCCAUGGUGGACUCUCAGCCAGUCUGCUUUAAAGAAAACCCUUUCUUGGUGGCCAAUCGCAAAGGAAAGGGUCGUCCACCCUCAGAGCAGAUCCUGUCGGGGCCUCCUGUGGGUUAUGGGAAGCAAGGCCAGCUGCAGCCCUGGUUGUUCAGCAAGGCAAGCUGCCUGCCUGAGUGUGGUUUGGAGGCAGCAUGGUGUGUUACUGCGCACAGUUUGUGGUUUGGCUCACUUGUGUCCCUUGAAAUGGAUCAUAUGCAUCAAGACUUUGACAAGAAGGUUUUAUUUUGUAGUUGGCAUGUAUCCGAAGACUGCAAAUACUGUGUCAUUAAGAUGGACGUAGAACUGCAACAGUCAACAGAAAUCAAGAUCAAUUAAUCAUAUAGAGAACAUAUUUAAGAUAAAAUGACAAUUAUCUGAUUGCCACUAUUUAAAUGUGAAAUUUUGCUGUUAUACAUCGUUUUUACUAUUUCUUUGGGUUGGUUGGAAAAAAUUUUAAAGACAUUAAAAACCAACGACUACAAUCAAUAUUUUUAUAAUAAUAUAUCAAGUGACAAUGUUUAAUGUGAAUAGGGUUUCUUAGUGAAGUUUCAAAAACCUCACUUCAGGCUCUGAGAAAGUGGGAUUGACAUUUUCCACUGUUUUUGGCCCCAGUGGAUAUCACAUCCAUGCACUUGGGUUUUUUAGUGCUAGCUUAACUGUUUCCCUGCAGAGGAGGAGUAAGAAAAAAAAAAAAAGAUUCUCACAGUGCAAAGGUCCAUCGAGAAAUCGUUUUUCUCUAAGGAAGUAUGCGUCCAGGUUGUGUGUAUCUCUGUGUAACAACCAACUGAACUGGUGCAUGUUUUUGCUGUGAGCACAGAGCUUGUAGCACCUCGUGAGGUAUUUGAGCACAUAGUCAGGAUCGACAGGAAUGUCUGUCCCCAACAGCUGCGGGAGGUCAUGAGUCACGAAGGACCUCGACCUGCGGGACGCACAGAAAAGUGCAUGUUGAUCAGCAAAAAGUUUUCUACAGGACUGACCCAGUGAAUCUUGUUUUGGGUUUCUGAGUAAAAGUAAGAGCAGCUGUUAAGUGUAUUUUUCAUGUU